AUGGCGAAAGCUUCCCAUACAUUGAAAAAAGGUGCUGUCGUCCAGCACACCGCCAAAGCCCAUAACCCGAAAGGUCAAUUGCCUGAAGGGAGCAUGGAAUCUUUGGCAACAACCAUUCGUUUCGUCACGCUGAACUGCCGAACACUAUCGAGUGAACUCCAACAAGCCGCUCUAUCCAGACUUCUGCGAUAUCUCUGUGUGCCUUUUGCUGCACUGCAGGAAACACGCAUGAGAGAUCGGCCCGUCAUCAGCAUCGAAAAUUACACCAUAUACUGCGGCGAUGCUGAUGAGAACAAAGUAGAUGCGCCUUUUUACGACUGCGGGAUCGCGGAGGACUGUAAACUCUGGAUCGUAAGUGCUCACGCACCUACGGAAACCGCUGAGGACAACAGUAAGGACGCCUUCUAUGAUGAACUCAAUGCGUUGAUGUCUAAAAUACCAAGCCAGCAGGUGGUCAUUGUCGGAAUCGACGCAAAUGCGAAGAUGGGACUCGAACAGCAAUCCGAUGUGCUAGGAAAAUGGUACUAUGCAGCGGAGCGCACGUCGGACAACGGUGACCGUCUGGUCGACUUGUGCGAACAGACGGGCCUCAUCAUCGCUUCCACGUUUAAGAGGAAUCAUCGACGCCAUCAGCUCACGUGGCAAGGGUCAACCCUUUUAACGCCUGAAGAGCAGCGCAAGCGGAAGAUGAGGACUCUUAAACUUCAGCUCGACUACGUUCUGGCGAGGAACAUUCCUCAGUCAGAUAUCCGAAAAUCUAGAGCUCUUUGGGACGUCGCGUUCGACUAA